CCCCUCACGGUGGGUGGUGGCGGCGGCGGGCCGGGAGCGCGGCGGGGCCGGGAUGUGGCGGCGGCUGCGGGUGCUGAGGGACUGCGGGCGGAGAUGGCAGCACCGCCCUGCCCUCCAGGUGACCAACGAGCCCAUCCUGGAGUACAAGCCGGGGAGCCCCGAGCGAGCGGCGCUCCAGAAGGCCCUCGCUGACCUGAAGGGCAAGACCGAGGAGAUCCCGUGUGUGAUCGGGGGGGAGGAGGUGUGGACACCCACGGUGAGGUACCAGCUCUCGCCCUUUAACCAUGCACACAAGGUGGCCAAGUACUGCUACGCCAGCAAGGAGCUCAUUAACAAAGCCAUUAAUGCUGCCAUGGCAGCGAGGAAGGAAUGGGACCUGAAGCCCGUGCAGGACCGGGCGCAGAUCUUCCUGAAGGCGGCUGACAUGCUGAGCGGCCCGCGGCGAGCUGAAGUGCUGGCCAAGACCAUGGUUGGGCAGGGCAAGACCGUGAUCCAGGCCGAGAUCGACGCCGCUGCCGAGCUCAUCGACUUCUUCCGCUUCAACGCCAAGUACGCGCUGGAGCUGGAGCAGAGCCAGCCCCUCAGCGUGGACAUCAGCACCAACUCCAUGGUGUACCGGGGGCUGGAGGGGUUCGUGGCUGCCGUGUCCCCCUUCAACUUCACGGCCAUCGGGGGGAACCUGGCAGGGGCUCCGGCACUGAUGGGGAACGUGGUGCUCUGGAAGCCCAGUGACACAGCCCUGCUCUCCAGCUACGCUGUCUACAAGAUCCUGCUGGAGGCUGGGCUGCCCCCAAACGUGGUGCAGUUUGUGCCCUCGGAUGGCCCCGAGUUUGGGGACACUGUCACCAGCUCUGAGCACUUCUGUGGCCUCAACUUCACGGGCAGUGUGCCCACUUUCAAGCGCCUCUGGAAGCAGGUCUCGGAGAACCUGGAUCGCUACCGGAACUUCCCGCGCCUGGCAGGAGAGUGCGGAGGGAAGAACUUCCACGUGGUUCACAGCUCAGCGGACCUGGGCAGCGCCGUGCACGGCACCCUGCGCUCGGCCUUCGAGUUCGGGGGGCAGAAAUGCUCCGCCUGCUCGCGGCUCUACGCGCCCGCCCGCCUCUGGCCCCGCAUCAAAGAGAAGCUGCUGGAGGAGCACGGCAAGAUCAAAGUGGGAGAUCCCACCCAGGACUUCGGCACGUUCUUCUCGGCGGUGAUCGAUGACAAGGCCUUUGCCCGGAUCAGGAGGUGGCUGGAGCACGCCCGGAGCUCCCCCAGCCUGACGGUGCUGGCGGGCGGCGGCUGCGACGACAGCGUCGGCUACUUCGUGGAGCCCUGCAUCGUGGAGAGCAGCGACCCCCGGGACCCCAUCAUGAGAGAGGAGAUUUUCGGGCCCAUCCUGACGGUGUUCGUGUACCCCGACGAUCGCUACAGGGAGGUGCUGGAGCUCAUCGACACCACCACCCCCUACGGCCUCACGGGGGCGAUCUUCGCCCAGGACAAGAAUGUCAUUGAGGAGUCCCGGAGGUUGCUGCGUAACGCCGCCGGCAACUUCUACAUCAACGACAAAUCCACGGGGGCCGUGGUGGCCCAGCAGCCCUUUGGGGGCUCCCGCAUCUCAGGCACCAAUGACAAGCCUGGGGGUCCCCACUACAUCCUGCGCUGGACGUCCCCUCAGGCCAUCAAGGAGACGCACGUGCCCCUGCGGGACUGGCGCUACGCCUACAUGCAGUGACCCUGGGGACAGCUGCCAGCCCUGGGGACAGCUACAGGUGCCAGCCCUGGGGACAGCUGCCAGCCCUCACUGCACUGAAACUACUGAUCUCUAACCUGUCCUACUUAGGAGCUAUUUAAAAAAAAAAAAAAGUGUUAUUAAAUUGUGAAGCUCGGAGCUCCUCGUGGUGUCCUCGCUCGCGUGGCACUUGGGGACACGAUGGUGAAUGUGGCAGUGGUUGGAUUGAAUGACUUUAAAGGUCUUUUCCAACCCCAGUGAUUCUGUGUGAGCAUGCUUAAUUAGGUCAGUCCUUCAUUAAGGGGUGGCUGCAGAGGCACAGCUGGACCCCAGCUCCCUUUCCCUCCCAGCUCUCCCGUCCCCAGUUGGUUCCCUCUGCACAGGGCUGAGCAGGAAUCAGAGCAGGACAUGACAUCAGUGUCCCUGUCCCUUGUAUUGAGGGUGUCCCUCCCUGUGUCCCCACCACCCAAAUCCCUGGAUUUGGGAACAUCCACAGUCCCCAGGUGUCCCUGCACCAGGGCAGCCGGGCUGGUUCCACCCCUGAGCUGGGAUUUCUGCUCAGCCCUGAGCCCCUCACCCCCCACACAGGCAGGGCAGGGCAGCAGGAGCCUCGUGCAGCUGCUUGGAAAUGAGUUCCAGUGCCUUGUCCCAGCUCAUCCCAUCCCUCAAAGCCCUCAGCCUGCCCAGACCCCCAGCUGGGCUCAGGGUGGGGCAGAGCAGCAGCAGCAGCACCCCUUGGUGCCCUGGGGACAAGGCCAGGCUGCCUCUGCUGUUCCCAGUUCUUGGCUGCUUCCCCUGCUCCCAUCCCUGUGUGUGCCCUGGGAGUCGUGGCAGAGGUGUUGGGAUGUUUGGGGAGCAGGAACCAUCCUGCUGGAGCUGCCUGGGAGGGUGAACCCUCCUCCCCACCCCUGGAGGA